AUGUCAAACUCAACAAACUUUCGUGUAAAAUUAAAUUUAUCAAAGUUUUACCAAGAUGCUAGAAAAUUGAGUUUCAUUUAUGUGGAUACGUCCGCAAUAAAUAAUGUUCUCCAAUUGCACUCAAAAAUAGCUACUAUUUUUGCUAUUACUAAACCGUUUUAUCUUAGUUCAGAAAAUAAUGUUCUUUUUCCACUUAUUGAAGAUAUAAGAAUUGUACAAGAAAAUGAUAUUAUUAAGGUUGUUCCCGGAUGUCCUGAGUUAUCAAAUGAUUCUUCAACAUCAAAUGAAACAGUGCCUUCUCCGAAGAAAGUGCAAUCAUCGAAAUCAGAAUCAAGGCGAUCUGUAGAGCCAGAAUCACGGCAAUCAGAAAAAUCCGAUACUACUGACUUAGAUGUAUAUAAUAACCAAACAGAAACAGUUUCUGAAAAUGAUGUUGAUACUGACGGAAAUAUUCUAAAUUUGUCAACCGUAAUUAUGAAAAAAAGACGUAAAAGAGGCCGACGAUCAUCUAAAAAAAAUAAAAUUACUGUUGACCAAGAACCAGCCAUGACACCUUAUAACGACUUCCAAAAAAAUGGAUUUAAUAGUACAACAAAUGACAUCAAAGUUAUUUCCGAGAAAGCCACGCCAAAACACCUGAAAUUUAAUUUUGAUGAUGAAACUGGUCAAGUUACAAAUGUAGAAACAAAUGGAAACUUAAUAUCACCUCGUGCAAAACCAACUAUUCGUUCUAACGAAGCAGCAACUUUGUCAACUUUAUUAAGUUUAAAAAAUAAUCCUGCUCCCGUUACUUACUCCAGUAAAAGAGUAAGAACAAACUCUGAAAUGUCUCAUGCAUCGCAGCUACCAACUUUAUCAGGUUCAUCUCAAGUUUCUAUGAAGAAUAAUCUAAUUAAAAUGGAAAACUCUCCAGUAUCUUCAUCGCACAAUCUACCUAAAAAUAAAUCCAAUGAAUUUAUUGAAAAUAACUUUGAUUUUGGUAAUAUUAACCCAUUCAAAUAUCCUAUUUAUGAAUCAAGUUUUGAAAUUAAUGAUAUCAUCGCAUUUCGUACUUUGAAAAUUGGCGAAGAUUACUCUCCAACAGUUUCCGGGUACAUAACAGCCAAAAUAUAUGCCAAGGAACAUGGAACCAGUGAAUAUGUACUCAAAAUUAUCGAUGGACACGAUCAAAUUAAAGCUCCAGAAGGAAAAUUUGCCUUGCCAUCUGAUCAUGACGAAAAUGAUAUUAAAUUUAAUCAAUUCAAUGACGAAUUGGUUAAUUUGAACUCUUCCCAUUUGGUAGAACCACGACUUAUUUAUCGACCAAGUUAA